GUGCCCCCCCGGACCGGGGGCGCUGACCGGAUCAGCGCAUGCGCCCAGGUGAAACGGAGGGGCGGGGGGCGCGGGGGCAGAGGUGACCUGGGGCUCUGGACUUAGACCCAAGGGCUAGACACCCCGGGUCUGGUGGGAGAGAAGACGUAAUGUGAAGGGGGUUGGCAACCAAGACGCGGGACCCCACUUGCAGUAUCCCCCGCCUGCGGCCGGCGUCGCCCACCCGCAGCCGCCGGCCGGGCAAUGGCACCACCUAGCGGACGGCACCAGAGCGGCCCGCGGGGGCGGUGCGGGGACCCCAGCCUCGAGGAGGCGCUCGUGCCGGGCGGAGGUGGCGCUUCAGCACCGUCGUGGGCCGGACAGCGCCUCCCGCCCCCGGCCCUCGAAACCUGGCUUCGGAGCCCAGCCGUAGGGACCGGACGGAAGACACCGAAGGAACGGCGAACCUCCCCGGACCGCUCCUGACAGUUCCCGGGUGGCCUUCGGCCUGCAAAGUCGGAAUUUGCACACCUUCCGCUCGUCCUUCCCUGAGCCCUUCUGCCCUCCUUGCCCAGCCCGGGCGGUGGGGACUAAGCAGCGCGGGGCUGCAGAGGGGCGGUCACAAGUGUGACCAUUCGCACUGCACUCCAGCCGCUGGCUCCUCAGGCUUUACUGGAGAGAAGCCCCGAGGAGGGCUAGGGGCAAAAGAGGGGCCUUCUGCAUCUCCAGCAACCUGCGGGCUGAGCUCCCAGACCCGGCGUCGGGCGCCCAGGAGCUCUUCGCCGCCCGCUCGCGGUCGCAGAAGCUGCCCCAGCGCUCGCAUGGCCCCAAGGACUUUCUGCCCGACGGCUCGGCAGCUCAGGCCGAGCGGCUGCGCCGGUGCCGGGAAGAGCUCUGGCAGCUGCUGGCAGAGCAGCGCGUGGAGCGCCUGGGCAGCUUGGUGGCUGCCGAGUGGAGGCCAGAAGAGGGCUUCGUGGAGUUGAAGUCUCCUGCGGGCAAAUUCUGGCAGACCAUGGGCUUCUCAGAGCAGGGCCGGCAGCGGCUUCACCCGGAAGAGGCCUUGUAUCUUCUGGAGUGUGGCUCCAUCCACCUCUUCCACCAAGACCUGCCACUGUCUAUCCAGGAAGCUUACCAGCUGCUGUUGACCGACCACACUGUGACCUUCCUGCAGUACCAGGUCUUCAGCCACCUGAAGAGGUUGGGUUAUGUGGUUCGACGAUUCCAACCAAGCUCUGUCCUGUCCCCGUAUGAGAGGCAGCUUAACCUGGAUGCCAGCGUGCAGCACUUGGAGGAUGGAGAUGGCAAGAGAAAGAGGAGCAGCUCCAGCCCUCGGUCCAUUAAUAAGAAGGCCAAGGCCCUGGACAACUCCCUGCAACCCAAGAGUCUGGCAGCCUCCAGCCCACCUCCCUGCAGCCAGCCCAGCCAAUGCCCAGAGGAGAAACCCCAGGAGUCAAGCCCCAUGAAGGGCCCAGGGGGCCCCUUUCAGCUUCUGGGGUCCCUGGGCCCCAGCCCUGGCCCGGCCAGGGAGGGGGUGGGGUGCAGCUGGGAGAGCGGCAGAGCCGAGAACGGAGUCACGGGGGCCGGUAAGCGGCGCUGGAACUUCGAGCAGAUCUCCUUCCCCAACAUGGCUUCAGACAGCCGCCACACCCUCCUGCGCGCCCCAGCCCCAGAGCUGCUCCCGGCCAACGUGGCUGGGCGGGAGACAGACGCUGAGUCCUGGUGCCAGAAGCUGAACCAGCGCAAGGAGAAGCUCUCCAGGCGGGAACGGGAGCACCACGCGGAGGCCGCGCGGUUCCAGGAAGACGUCAACGCCGAUCCCGAGGUGCAGCGCUGCUCCAGCUGGCGGGAGUACAAGGAGCUGCUGCAGCGGCGGCAGGUGCAGAGGAGCCAGCGCCGGGCCCCUCACCUGUGGGGCCAGCCCGUCACCCCCCUGCUGAGUCCUGGCCAGGCCAGCUCCCCAGGUACCCCCUCAGCCUGCCACAUCUUCGAGGGCCACUGGCAGCUGAGGAAUCACAGGACUUUGGAAAGGGCAUGGGUGAACUGGGAUGGAUUGAGGCUUAAGGAAGAUGUGGGAGGAGGGAGUGGACCCACAAGGACGGUCAGUUCUCCCGCGGCUGCAGCAGGGCCUGUGUGGGAAGGCUUAGAGAUGCCGUGGUCCUUCAGCAUAUCUCUGUGCUGCAGACAACACACCUUCCUGAUGGAGGUGCCCGGCUGUUGGAGAAGUCUGGGGGCUUGGAAAUCAUCUUUGAUGUUUACCAGGCCGACGCUGUGGCCACAUUCCGAAAGAAUAACCCUGGCAAACCCUAUGCCCGGAUGUGCAUUAGUGGAUUUGAUGAGCCUGUCCCAGACCUCUGCAGCCUCAAGCGGUUAUCUUACCAGAGUGGGGAUGUCCCUCUGAUCUUUGCCCUGGUGGAUCAUGGUGACAUCUCCUUCUACAGCUUCAGGGACUUCACGUUGCCCCAGGAUGUGGGGCACUGACGUCACAGCUCUGCAGAGGAUGGAGCUUGCUCCGGGGGACCGGGACUGUCUGUUCUCAGGGACCAUCUCGGCUGCUUCCUGUACCCAGACUCUAACCUGUAGCUUCAGAGGCCAGUCUGGGCCUUGGCCCUGGGUGUCUGAUACUCACAGAGUGAAACUGUGACCCUCUUCCUUCCCUGCUGCCUUGCAGUGACCCCUCUGGAACUCAGGACUCGAUUUUAAGGACCCAGGAGGUGGAGCAGAAGAGAGGACUGUGUGCCUUUAACGAGAGGGUGCCUGCUUCGUGCUAUAAAGCCAAAGCCAUUAAAAAUAGAUUUCUUUUC